AUGUUCAAACGAUUUAUAACGACAACCACUACAACUGCUACAUCAGUAUCACCUAUUAAUCUAUUGAAAUAUUCAUCUAAUGGUUCAAGAGAUUUAUAUGCUAUUGCUAAUAUUCAUAAUUUACCUUAUUUAAUAAGAAAAGGUGAUUUAGUUUAUUUACCUUAUAAAUUGAAAAAUGUUAAAGUUGGUGAUUUAAUAGAUUUUAAAAAAAUAACAACUAUUGGUUCACCUAAUGUCACAUUAAAUGAAAAAGAUGGAAUAAAUCCAAAUUUAUUAGAUAUUAAUGCAAGUUGUGUUGAAAUAACAAAAGAACCAAUAAGAGUGAAAAUUAAUAAAAAGCAAAGAUGUAGAAGAACAACUAGAAUUUAUGAUGAACCAUAUCAAACUGUAAUUAGAAUUAAUGAAUUAAGGUUGAAAUGA